ACACACACAUACACACACACACACGCCACUAAAUCCAUGACUAUCAACUGUCGAUGAGGAUUUUCCAUCUUCUGUGAUUGGAGGUAGUUUUUAAUUAUUGAAUUACAUUUUUGUUUUCUGAUAGAGCCUAAUUUUGCUAAAAGAAAUGGAUCUUCAGAUCUGGCUUGAUGCCCGUAACUUGGGAAACUAAUGUAGAAUAAAAUAUAUUCUUAAACCAAGAUAAUGGCCUUCAUUACAAACAAACAUGCUGCACUGAGGUGAUGUGGGAGAGCUGCAGGAGACAUUCUCACCAGAGCCUGGGUCCUGCUACUCAGUGGUGGAUUGAAGCAUUUUGCCUAAAAAAUCUAGGUACUGGGUUUUGUUUACUUUGUUUUUGGAGAUCACAAAUGCAAAAACUAUAAUUUAUAAUGUUAUAUAAAUAAGCUGCAGUAUUUUCUAGCACCCCUAAAACAUUGAAUUGUUUUAAACGUUAAGUGUAUCUUCACAGUAUAGUAGCAAUUACAUUCAUAGGAAAAGGAUUUAAUAGGCAUUUCCUUGCAAAUCUGGAGAUGGGCAACUAUUGAAAUUUUCUUGACAUGUGCUUGAUUUUCAUAUUCCUUGGAAUGUGUUACUUUGCUGAAACCAUUUUCAAAGCCUAGGUCGAUUGAUCCCCUGUAAAAUACACUUGAAGGUUAAGUAACUACAGAUCUCAGCUAAUCCUAUCUAAUCUGCUGUUACUAAAUGGCUGUUUGCAUUCCUGGCACACCAGUUUCUGAAGUUUAGGAUUUGGUUUUUACUUUCUGUUCAAAUAACCUCUACAAGGAGCGAUGCGUCCUUCAGCAUGCCUGUGCAUUGUGCUCAUUAGCUUUUUGGAGGGAGUGAGCUGUUCAUGUCCUUCACAGUGCACCUGCGAUUAUCAUGGCAGAAAUGACGGCACAGGAUCAAGGUCGGUGCUAUGUAAUGACCUGGAUAUGAAUGAGGUCCCUAUGAACUUCCCUGUGGAAACUGUGAAGCUACGUAUAGAGAAGACUGUCAUCCGCAGAAUCCCCGCAGAGGCCUUCUACUACCUGGUGGAGCUCCAGUACCUCUGGGUGACUUACAAUUCUGUGGCCAGCCUUGAUGCCAGCAGCUUUUACAACCUAAAGCAGCUGCAUGAGUUGCGCUUGGAUGGAAAUUCUCUGGCCGCUUUCCCUUGGGCAUCUCUGCUGGACAUGCCCCAGCUGAGGACCCUGGAUUUGCACAACAACAGAAUAACCAGUGUGCCUAACGAGGUGGUCAGGUACCUGAAGAACCUUGUCUACUUGGAUUUAUCAAGCAACAGGCUAACCACACUACCACCAGAUUUCCUGGAGAGCUGGUCCCACUUACUUACAACAUCGUCAAGAAGCCUGGACCUUUCACCACAAAGAAUUAUUCUUGGUCUGCAGGACAACCCUUGGUUCUGUGACUGUCACAUUUCUAAAAUGAUCGAGUUGUCAAAAGUUGCUGACCCUGCUGUAGUGCUUCUUGAUCCACUGAUGAUAUGUAGUGAACCUGAGAGCCUGACAGGGAUUUUAUUUCAGCGGGCUGAGUUGGAACAGUGUUUGAAGCCAUCAGUGAUGACGUCGGCCACCCAGAUCACAUCUGCUCUGGGCAGUAAUGUUCUGCUGCGGUGUGAUGCUACUGGCCAGCCUACUCCACAGCUCACGUGGACCAGAUCUGACAGCUCACCAGUUAAUUAUACAGUAAUUCAAGAAUCUCCAGGAGAAGGAGUCAGAUGGUCCAUAAUAAGUUUGACAGGCAUUUCUUACAAGGAUGCUGGGGAUUACAAAUGUAAGGCCAAAAAUUUGGCUGGGAUGUCAGAAGCUGUGGUUACUGUGACAGUGGUUGGUGUUGUCACAACCACGGUAUUAUCAGACACCUCUCAAAGAACUGGAGAUCACCUUGAGCAAAGAGCCCAGCCAGGAUCUAGAUCUACAUCCAUACCUGGUUCACUGUCAUCUCCUUGGUCCUCUAACUCAUCUUCUUCCCCUGCUUCUUCCAUUUUUCUUUCUACUUCUACUUCCUCUCCUCCCUCCACUGCUUUCUCCUCCUCAUCUCCUUUCCUCUCCUCCAUUGCAUCUUCAAUCACAACUCUAAGCACCAGAAUUUCAACAAAGCCCACCAUGGCCAGCCAGCAGUCAUUCCAGCUCCACCCAGAUGGGAAAAGAAAUGUAAAGGCGGAGAUAGGUGGAAGUAAGUUUCCUUCAGCUAGUGCAAGUAAAAAUGAAGAGUUGGCGUCAUUGGAUCAAGCAAUGCCAAUGGAGACAAAUACCACAAUAGAAAAUCUCAGAAUAGUCAGUGAGACUGAAGAGAGUGUGACAUUGAUGUGGAACACUGUCAACACUACACGUAAGUCCGAGGUGACUGUGUUGUAUUCCAAGUAUGGCGAGAAGGACCUGCUGCUGCUGAAUGCAGAUUCCAGCAAGGACCAAGUAACCAUAGAUGGCUUGGAGCCUGGCAGGCAGUACAUAGCAUGCGUCUGUCCAAAGGGAGUGCCUCCCCAGAAGGACCAAUGUAUCACUUUUUCUGUUGACAGAGUCGAAGAAGAAGGUGAUUCUCAAGUGUCUUUCCUUAUCGUGGUGAGCGGUACUGCCUGUGUUGUUGUCUUGCCAUUGAUAUUUUUCCUGUUGUACAAAGUUUGUAAACUGCAAUGUGGGUCAGAAUCCUUCUGGGAAGAUGAUUUGGCAAAAGAGACUUAUAUUCAAUUUGAGACCCUGUCCCCCAGGUCUCAAAGUAUAGGGGAACUUUGGACGCGAAGGCACAGAGAUGAUUCUGAAAAAUUGCUGCUUUGUUCUAGGUCAAGUGUGGAAUCUCAGGUGACCUUUAAAAGUGAAGGUUUGAGACCAGAGUAUUAUUGCUAAGGUUCUACAACUCAGGCACAUGUGAAGUCCAUAAAAUUUCUUCCGCACAAUUAAGGAUCUGAGGAUGUGGUUGACCCUCUGUUUGGAUGACUUUUGGACAGUUUCACAUCCUCUAUGAAACUCACAAAUGGAGUGCUUUUAAUUGUGCUUUAAAAAAAAUACCAUGCGAAGGGCACUUGGCUGGCUGUCAAUAGGGCAUGUAACUCCUGAUCUCAGGGUUGUAAGUUUGAGCCCCAUGCUGGGUGUAGAGAUUAUGUAAAAACUACCAUGUGACUUCCGAACUAAAAAGACAAAUAGUCUGGGUUUUUGUUAUGUGGAAGAUGUCCAUAGAAAUAAUGUUUAGGGUACUGCUUAGUAAGUUAAUAGUAUGUUUUAGGAUAGUGCUUAGUUCUUAAAAAUAAAUUCAUGUGAGAAUAGUUGUCAAAAAGUAAAGUCUGAAUUUUAAAAAGAUAGUUUUCCAAGAAGUAAAGAUUAGCAUAACCAGGUAAGCCUUGAUGUUCAUUCAUGCUUGAAGUGCUUUAUGGCAUUUGCUGUGGCUAUUUACUGCCAUUGCCUACUAGGCGAGAGUGGGAAAGUAUAGAAUUUUGCAUUCAUUAAGGUUAAAUGCAACCCAUUGGAGAGGGAGGGUGCUAGCUCUUGGUACCAUUAUGCAUUACAAUACUGUACAGUUGUAUUAAUAUUGCAAGAAAAAACUUCCCUUACCCUUAGAAACAUAGGUAUUAGGAAAAAUAAGUUUAAAAGGAGGAUUGUGAACAUAAUAAGUCCAUUGCUAAAAAUAGUAACCAUUGCAUUCUAAUGCAUUUGCUAACAGACUGUAUCUUUUUAAAAACAUAAGUGCUCAUUUUGAAACAAUCUCCUUAAUAGUUUGAUAUUCACUCUUCUCUUCCCCUCCCUCUUCUCUUUCUCUCCCUCUCCCUUUCUUCCUUCAUUUCUUUUUUUCCCCCUUCUGCUUUGUCAGAAGAUAUUCAGGUAGUCAAAGGACCACAGCUAAGUUGUUUGUCCUUUGCCAGGUUAUAUUUUGUUUUGUUUUGGUUUUUAAAUAUAAUUUACUGUCAAGUUAGCUAACACACAGUGUAUACAGUGUGCUCUUGGUUUGGGGGGUAGAUUCCCAUGAUUCAUCGCUUACAUACAACACCCAGUGCUCAUCCCAGCAAGUGCCCUCCUCAAUGCCCAUCACCCAUUGCCAUGUUAUAUUUUGAUUUCCUGGAUAAAGGGAAGAACUCCGAAAAUUCUUUUUAGAUCUGAAAAGGAUGUUUUAGGAUCUUGAAGAGCAGCUUCAAUGGGUUAAUUUGGUCAGAUUUUCUAGGUCAAAAACAUCACGGAAAUUGAAUUGGAGGGGGGCAUAUAAAUAGAUAGGAAAGGGGCGUCACACAUAACAUUUAUGUUUUUUUUUUUAAAGAAGUUUAUCACCACCUUUACUAAAGAUUAUAUUCCCUUUACAUCAGAGAUUUUGGAGUACAGAACAGAUUUAUAAAGGUGUGUCAGGAGUUCUGAAAUACCCUGAGAAGCAAGUUCUAAGAAAAUCCUGUAUUUUUCAUAAGGAACAGACAGGCUUUAAUGUAACACAUUGUGAAAAUUAUAAUACAGGCACCUGGAUAAUGAAAAAUCAUUCAUUCCAAAUGGCUCUUAAUUAAAAAGGAAAAAUAUUCCUAGUUUAGGAAUAUUCUGCAUAUUAUGAGGAGACCAGCAUGGAUGGAUGGCCUGUCCAGAGCUCCCAAAUGUCCCCUUCUUGUAUAAUUUCCUUUCUUUUCCUUCUCUUUCCUUUCCAGCCCAUUCUUCUUUGGUGCUUUCAUCACUGAGUGCAUUGUCUAAUCAUCUAACGGUUUAAAAUUUAGUAUGAAUUGUUAAAAUUUGUUAGAAAGAUACCUUUUACAGGCAAUUUUGUGUUUCACUUCAAGUUGUUGGCUCAACUUAUUUUGAAUUAAUAGAUUGCAAAAACUUGCAUUUCUUUACUCUAAAGACCUCAUGGAGUUCACUGCCAUAUUUAAAGGGUUCAUAUAAACAGACUGCCAAAAUACCACUACAUUAGAAAUGAUGACUACAGGAGAAUGUUACAGAUUACUGAGCCAAAUGGCACCCAGACUUUACAAAGGUAUGUUAUUUGUCAAGAAAGGAAACUUGGGACACCCUGAUGAGGUAAAUUACUGACUUCCCUCGUGGUCAAAAUCAAGUGAUGAGGUGCCUGAGUGGCUUGGUUAGGUGUCCAGCUUAGGCUCAGGUCAUGAUCUCAUGGUUUGUCAGUUUGAGCCCGUGUUGGGCUCUCUGUUGUCAGCGUGGAGCCUGCUUCAGAUCCUGUGCCUCCCUCUUUCUCUGUCUCUCUCCUAUUUGUACUCUCUCAAAAAUAAAUAUUAAAAAAAAAAAAAAGUGAGGCCUGCACUUAUUUUGACUAAUGAGGAAAAGAUAUUUGCUGGUGUGGAGAAGAGAAAGCACCUCUGUCAUCUUCAACUUGGACUUGGUACAUGAAGUAAGUCCUAAGUAAUCCUAAUAGUGAAAGGACUAAAACUGUAAAUAAUCUACUUUCUAAAAAUACAUACAUUUGAGUGUAGUCAAAGUUAUCCUGAUAAUAUCACUGCUCUUAUGUUCUUACAAGUAUGUUUUCUUCCUUCCUUCCUUCUUUUUUUUUUUUUUUUUUUUGAGAGAGAGAGAGAGAGAGCGAGAGCGAGCAAGCAGGGGAGGGACAAAGGGAGAGGAAGAGAGCAGGCUCCAAGCUCAGUGUGCAGCCCGAUGUGGGGGUGGAUCCCAUGACCCUGGGAUCAUGACCUCAGCUGACAUCAAGAGUCGGACUCUUAAUCAACUGAGCCACCCAGGUGCCCUACAAGUAUACUUUCCUGAGUGGGAGAAAAAGGUUGACAUGGCAAGCAGCAUGGAAUCCUAUAUAAUCAGCAGCCUGUUUAUCAAUGUUACCUUAAGAACUGUGGAGAGUGAUCAUAACUGAUACAUAACCAAUACACAUGACAAUUAAAUAUGAUUACAAUGUUUUACUUUCAGAUAAGAUAUAUUUGAGGUUUGUAAAACUUGGGUAACUGGUGAGGGUGUGUCACAUGUGAGACUAUAAAAAAUGAUAUGCUAGGACAUAAAAAAUGUUGAGAACUCCAAGAUAAUGUUUAUUAUGGCCAGAAAAGAAAAUCCUGGACUUCGGAGUCAGACAAGUGCCCCGGACUUUGGGAAACUUACAAAAAGUUCAAAGAAAAAAAAUUUUGGCCCACAGACUCGAGUUUCAAAAAGGGAAUAUGGCUAACAAAGGGAGAAUUUAAAAACCCAAAAACUUUUAGCUGAAUAAUUAUGAAAUAAUUCAAAUAAAACAGGAGACAGCUCAGGAAAGCUAAACGGCUGUCUACUAAUCUAAAAGUUUAAAUCAUAUAUAUAUAUAUAUAUAUAUAU